AUGUCGGGAAUUUUAGCUCCCUGCUAUUUUCUCGUCGUGAAAGAUUGUAAUAUUUUCCGUACUAUUGCAUUAAAUGCUAUUAUACAACUGUAUGGAUUUAAAACUUCAAUUAAAAAAGAUUUGAGUACCAAUAUUAUUCGGUUACUAAUACAGAAGGAUGUGACGCUAUUAAAAUUUUGGUUACCAAUCGACUUUUAUCAGAGGGAAAUGGCGGUCGAUAUUCAUCUGUAUCCCUUUUCAUGGAGUCUUCUGGAAAACUUUCUUACAAUAGUUCUGAUUUCGGUGGUAGAUGAAUUUGAUUUCCAUUAUAAUUGA